AUGAGUGGUAAAGUGUUCCUUUUUCCAAAACCAACUGCGACCGCACAUGUGAUUUUGAAACCUGACAUAAGGAAACCAUUAGAAAAAGUUAGUGUCUGCUUGAAAUCUUACACAGAGCUUACACGGCCCCAUAGUCUCUUUUCUCUGGCAAUGAAUUCUGGAAAGUACAACACUUUUUUAAUUUUUCAACGACCACUGAAUGUCUACAGUGUGUAUAUUAAUGAGGAAAAAACUCUUUUCAAGACAGACACUGAGAUGCUAAGCUGGAAGCUAACCUGUAUGACCUGGGAUUCCACUACUGGAGUAAUUCAACUUUGGAUCAAUGGAAAAUUGUACCCUAGACAAGUUUCAAAAAAAGGUUCUACUAUUGGUCCUGAAACAAGCAUAGUUUUGGGACAGGAGCAAGAUAAAUUUGGGGGAGGGUUUGACAUUAAUCAGUCGUUUUCUGGUGAAAUAAGUGAUGUCCACAUGUGGGAUGAUGUUUUGUCGCCAGAAGAUAUACGGAAAGUUAUGUCUUGGAGAUCACAAAGGAAAUAUCAUUAA